AUGGCAUCUGCACUCAAUGAACUGAUUGGCAUGUCUGGGUGCCGCUAUCAGUUUAAAGAGUUGAUUCAAGAGAGACCUCACAUUGGUCGCGUUUGGCUGGCAACGCUGGAAAUCCCUCUUCACGCGUCAUACCAGGUUAUCUUGAAAGAUAUUCCCACAAACAUAUUCUCUAACUUCAACGAAAUUAUACGGCCGAAACUUCGCGAGAGCCCUUACAUACGGUUGCCAUUAGACACCAUCGUGGACCAGCGCAUAUUUGUGUACAAGUACCUGACGGAUGACUUUCUGAGUCUGAUCAGGAAGCAAAUUGCCAUGCGAGAGAGAAAGAAGGUUCUCAAGGCCUGCCUAAGAGGAAUAGCCGAGCUCCAUGAACAGGAUGUCGUUCAUCUAGAUAUCAAGGCAGAUAAUAUCAUGGUUAACUGCCGCACUGCUGGUAAUAGAGGGGAUAGAGAGUCCAGUGACGCAACCAUAGUCAAACAGGUUCAGGUUACCGACCUUGAAAACGCGGCUUAUCUCCCAAAAGGCAGAUGUAUCAAGGGGAUGCUUGCCGGCAACGACAACUGGCGCAGCCCUGAAGCUCAUUUCAGGGGUGAACUCAACAAACCGACUGAUAUGUUCUCCUUUGGCGUUGUGUGUAUUUAUUCCGAGCUGGGCCGGGUCAUUUUUGGUCCUGACGAUGAUUUCAAAAAACACGAAGCACAGGGUGCGCUUCCUUCCAUGAUCCGCCUGCAACGUCAGGUUUCCUACUUCGGAGACAAGGACGGGCUCAACGGCCUCAUGAAGCAUUUAGGGGAUGACGAGAGGAAUUGUCAGAUUCUUGGUAUGCUCUGGGAAGACCGCUUUGAGGAUUACAUUCCAUACAAGCCAUUCUCAGAGUGGCAGGAUGUUAGCGAUGAAGUUUUCAAGGAUCUCAUCCGGGGGUUAAUGAAUCUAGACCCUGCGAAACGAAUCACGGCGCGUCAAGCACUGAAGCACCCAUGGUUCGCGGACGUUUGAGAUCGAGAUGUAGUGGCAAAUUAUUGCCAGCCGUGCAAUUAUGCGGGCUUUUCACGGCAUAAUCAGUCAAUAUUUUCCUACUUUCGACACACUUCCGCCUGUAUUUUUACCCUGAGCCUUUCUCACGUCUUCCCGCGUUGAAUAGAUAGUCACCACUCA